UCCGUGAAAAUGUGUGGGCUCUUUGUCCUGGUUGUCUGUGCUAUGGGUGUCUCCGCUUUCAGGAUCCAGCAAGUGGAAAGCACAGAAAAAUGCCCAGAUCACACCGUGUAUUUCAAACACUACUAUGAACUGCAUGGAGAACCUGUGGUUCUGAAAUGCCCUUCCCCUCUAUACAAACACCUGGAUUUUUCUGCCUUGACCCUUAAUAUCACAUGGUAUAAAAAUGAUUCAAAAACCCUGAUAUCAGGAAGAGAGGAAGAUGCAAGAAUUUGGGCAAAAGGAGAUGCACUCUGGUUUUUACCAGCAAUGUUAGAAGACUCAGGAGUGUAUAUCUGCACCAGAAGGAAUGCCUCCUACUGUGCUGAGGUGUCCAUCCACCUCACCAUCGUGGAGAAAACGGCUGCUCACAAGAUCGCCUAUCUCCAAGUCCUCUUCACGUUCACUGAUGGAAAUGUCAUCUGCCCUGACCUCUGGGACUUCACACAGAAUAAGACAGACCUGGAGCUCAAGUGGUACAAGGAUGCACAGCCUUUGGAAGGCAGCAAUAAAAAAUUCGUAAGUCUGGAAGGUUCAACUUCUCUGACCAUCACUUCAGUGCUGCCGACAGACUCUGGCUAUUAUACUUGCAAGAUGCCUUUUCGAUAUGAAGGUGUAAUAUAUGAAAUCACCAGGACGAUUCAGCUGCAGACUGUUGAACAAGAAAAGAGAAUUACCCCAGUAAUUGUGUAUCCAACCCAGAAGACUACAUCAGCUGCUCUUGGCUCCAGGAUGACUCUCCCAUGUAAAGUGUUUGUUGGACCGAGCAGCCAUGUCUACACCGAGGUGGAAUGGCUUGCAAACGACACCUUAAUUGAUGUGGCUUCUGAGCAAAGCAGCGUUAUAGUUGGGGAACGACAAGAAACCACAGAAAAUGGUGAAAACUUCAUUGAAGUACCAUUGAUUUUUAAUUCUGUCAAGGAAGUGGACUUUUACACAGACUUCAAGUGUCUGGCCUGGAACAUAUAUGGAUACCAAGUACUACCAACAAGGGUCAAGCAGGAAGCUGUCGGCAUGUCCUGGUACAUUGCAGUGAUUCCCAUCGCAUUGGUCUGUGUGAUCGUGGGGGGAAUAUACUUACACAAAUGCUGGAAGCAGAGAGCUGAUAAAGGAUAUACAAUAGCGAAGGUUUAAACUCCGCCGUCUUCUCCAACCACCAACAGAAAAUGUUUCAGUCUGAAUAUCCUUCACGUAAGGCACAGAGAGACAUUCCAGACCAGGACUGAUGCUUUCCCAGUGGAUGGAUGUAUAUCAGCUUGUUUUCCUCUUGUCCAAGUGUUCCACAAAGUUAUAAAUAUAAGUUUGUAUAAAAUACUGCCUAGAUUCAGGAAACCUCCUUCU